ACAGUGUUGUUGUGUACAGAUGAAUUUGAUGAAGGCCAAGGAUUGACCCCGCCCCUGACCCCUCCUGACAAGGGAGAGCACUCAGUGGUUGUCGUCGGCUUGUUGCUGUCGAGGCUUCAGAAUGGAUGAAAGAAUGCGUGAAACGCUACGCGUGAGUCGCGUAUUUUUACUGGACAAUGUCGUCAUGAAGGAUUUGAUGGACUACAUGAUUGAACAAGAUAUCUUCUCUGAUGCAAUGAGAGAAAGGAUCAUGGCUGGUCAGACUAACAGAGAGCAGAUUAGAAAAAUGCUGGAUGAACUGGCUAGACGACCACAUGGCUGUUUUGAAAAGUUCAUUGUUGCACUACGAAAAUCAUCUCAAGAACACUGUGCAGACUUUGUGCAAUCUAUUUAUAGUAAAAACAUACUGUCACAGGACCCAAGCAUACAUGCAACAAUGUCCUCCCCCAUACAAGCAUCUUCAGAUGUUGAGACGAGUAGUUCAAGUCAGAAACCAUCUUAUUCUUUACAAUACAGAGGGAAUAAUCCUGAAGUUACAAACUAUCUCAUUGCUGGACCAUGUGCUGCCCUGCCUGAUAUUAUCAUGGAGGAACCUGAAUCGUUCAAAGCACCAGUGCAGGAAAGCACAUUUAGACAAGAUCUUUCAAGUAAAGAUGAGUAUCCAAUGGACACGAAACCUCGGGGACUUGCUCUUGUGAUUAAUGUGGAGAAGUUUGCAAAUAUGUCCAGACGUGAAGGCAGUGUAACAGAUAUGAACCAGCUUCAUGAUCUCUUGAAUUAUCUUGGAAUAAAGGCUUGUUACAAAACAAACUGCACAGCAGAUGAAAUACAUGAGUACUUAAAAGCAUUCUCAAAACAUGAGGAACUUAAAAACGUGAGUUGCUUGGUGGUAGCUGUGUUAUCUCAUGGAGGAAAGGAUGGUAUUAUAUAUGGAAGUGAUGGAAACACAUUGAAAGAUGAUGACAUUCGCAGCUAUUUCAGCAUUACUGAAUGCCCACUGAUGGAAAACAAACCAAAACUCAUCCUUAUCCAGGCUUGUCGAGGAGAUCAGGAAGACCGUGUGUCACAACCAACCAGUAUUUCCGGUAGCUCACUGAAACGAGAACUGGGUCCCAGCCUAGACAGCAAUGCAAGCAACAGUAGUCAACGCAGAGCUGACUUGUCCGACAUCUGUCUUAUUCAUUCAACUGUGUCGGGUUAUGUCUCUUAUCGCCACAUCAGAGAUGGUAGCCCUUUCAUCGGUGUAUUUUGUCAGCAGAUGAAGCUACAUGCAGCUAACGAGCACCUUACUGACAUCAUGAUCAAGGUGAAUAAUGUCUUGGCAACAAGUGAACUACAAUGUGAGGUACGGACCCUUGCCAGCAGCACAAACACUCUGACCAGGAAAUGGUACUUCAGGCCAUCUGAUGGUUUUGCACCUUUUCUCUCUCAGUGAUGUGCUUUGACUUACUCCUUUGUCCAAAAGGUUUCCUAGGCAGGUGUGCAGCUAUAGUCUUCUAGUCUAAAUAUGUGUGUAAAAUUCAUGCAGUUUAAUACAGGAUUUAUUGUUCAGAGCUCAGCAUUUAUGGUGGCUAUAUUCCAUGGGAUGUGUACAAUGCCACUGAAAGAUUAAAAGACAAGAAACUGCAGUGUGUCAAGAUAUCUGUAACAGACAAUAAAUGCCUAAACUUUAUGUGGGCAGAUACUAAUCUGUACUAGAAUGGUAUGUUACUGGAAUAAAGCACAUUGUGUAAAAACAAGACUAAAUAAGGGUAGAAACUGGUAAUCGGUUACCUAGCCUCGUGGUCAUAGGGAGUGAAAUGAAAUUGAUGUCCCUAUAUGAAAAUAUGAAAAACAUGACACUUUCCAGCCUCUUCUCCAAAUAAUUUUAACAGAGCUAUAGAAUUUUGGGAUACAUUCAAAGUAUGUUUUAUUGACACAUGUAUAAACCACGUGAGAUUAUUGGAAAGCUGAUUCUUGGGAUGCAGAUAAAGACUGGUGGUUGGAGCAAUGUCAUCCUAACCACAGCUAUGCUACAAUUGAGCAGCAUACAUUUCCAGUUGUUGAAUUAGUUCAUGACCUCUUAGUUUCUAACACUUCACAGAACAACACUUUGUUAAUUUUGGGUUGGCUAGACAGUCACUUUUGAACCGACAUUUUUCCUUUCAGAAACUGUUGUUUUGAGAUCUGAUCUGUUUUUAUGUAAAUACAUCUGUUUGACAACA